AUGGCAACAACAGCUCCAGCAGUAUCUAGUCCGAAUGGAUUAGACCACACUACAUCACAUACAAGUAACACUGGAAAUUGCAACAGUGGAUCGACUGGUUGUGGAAUAACGUCUCAAUCACCUUCGGCACUUGCUUCAACAACAUCAACAUCAGCAGCACCAGCAGCACCAGCAGCACCAGCAGCACCAGCAGCACCAGCAUCAUCAUCAUCAUCAUCAUCAUCAACAACACCAACACCAACAACACCAAACACCAAAUAUCAUCAACAGCAACAGCAACUGCAACAGCAACAACCAACUCACGGUGUACAACAACAGCUACUGCAACUGCAACUGCAACAACCACCACUUCACCUAGAAUCUACACCAAGAUCUUCUCAUUCGAAUACUCCCCCAUCUUUACCAUCAAUACCUUCUGCAUCACAGUCACAGCAACAACCACAACUGAACAAUUCUAACCCAAACACGCCACGCCAUUUGCAUAUACACCCACACCAAUCUCAAUCACUUCCGUUACAUUACAACCAAUACACUCCUAAUAAUAAUAAUAAUAACAACAACAACAACAACAACAAUAGCAGUUCCAAAAUUGGCAAUUUUUUACUGCCAAAUAGUCCACACCAUUCAUUUUCCAGAAAUGGAUUCAACAGUACAUCAAACACCACCACCACCACCAGUACAAGCACCAUUUCAACUCCUAGAUCAGGCUCACUACUGGGCCCAUCUACUCCUUCAUUCAAAUUGAAUUCACCUUCGCCAACUACAUCCACGUUUGCCACUAGUUUCCCGUCGACAAUAUCUCAACAAUCAGCUGCAAGUUUACAUCCUCAAGAUUACGAUUUUAUCUUUGAUGUACGUCCAUUUAAUUUGUAUUCAAAGAGCAGAAUAGCCAAGUCCACUAAUCUAUGUCUACCUACAACAUUAUUAAAACGUAAUUCAAUGAGCUUGGCUGACUUGAUCAAUAUGGUUGAUUUAUCUAACGAAUUAAAGAAUACUUUUAUAACUCAUUUACAAAAGGAGAACCCCGAUGAGUUCAAGCUUUCUAUUUUGGUUUAUGAUCAAUGUUCAUCAAAUGAGGCAAUCACUUUCCCCUUGUAUCAAACGAUUUCCAAAUUUGAAAAAUAUCAUGAUAGAUUCAACAUUUAUUAUCUCAAUGGGGGAUUUUCAGGUGCAUUGAUUCAAAAUAAUGGAGUUAUUGAAACUUGUCCACUCAAUGGCAGCAGUAGCAAUGGUGGUGGUACUAAUGAUUCCAAUUUUAAUGGGCAUCGUAAAACUAAAAGUUUAUCAGGAUUCACUUUGCCAUCAGCCACUAAUUUCAAGACAAAAUUUGUACAAUCUAUAAAAAAAAAUAAUGAUUACGAUGUAAAGAAAGGUGGUGAUUCCAACAAGGAGUUUUUCAGUGAUUUGCCCAAUAACGGGAAUGGAUCAACUGUGGAACCACCGGCAAACACUGCCACUGCGACUGCGACUGAUCCUUCAUACAAGUAUAAAUUAAGAGAUAUUCCUUCUGACUUGACACUUCCCAAAUGGUUACAAUUUAUGAAUCAAGACUCAAAUGACGCAAAAUUGCAAUAUAUGAUUACCAAAUUCAACAAGAUUGAAGAAAUUGAAAAGAGUCGAUUGAAUAAAAUGGCUUCAAAUUUUAAAUCACCAUACACUGCCAAUAUUCAGGGCCAAGAUAAGAUUUUCUCACCCUGUUGUCCUGAUUGUUCAACCAUUGAUUUCCAAUUACCUCAGGGUAUUGAGUUUGGGUACAAGAAUAGAUUUAACAAUGUAUGGCCAUAUGAACAUUCACGAGUCAAAUUGGGACAAGCUAAGAAGGAGACAGCGGAGAGAAAAGGUGAGAAGAAGGAGAAGGAGGAGGAGGAGAAAGAGGUUAUGAAGACAGAGAAGGAGCAAGGAAGACCAGAUGAUGUGGAUGCACAAGCAAAUAUUCACAGUUAUGUUCAAUCCCUUCACCACCACCACCAUCGUCACCACCCAAGCCUUCACUACCAACAAGAUGACUAUUUUAAUGGAAAUUAUAUCAACACCAGCACAUUAAUAUGCAAUGAUACCACAUACAUUGCAACUCAAAAUCCAUUAUCAUCAACAAUUGAUGAUUUCUGGUCAACUAUUCAACAAGAGGAUAUACAAAUCAUAAUCAAUUUAGAGACAAAACCAAUUGAAUAUUUCAACCACCCCAAAAUCAAAUCAAUUGAAGUUAUCGAUACGCCAUAUCCUGAUUUCAAGUUGCGAUUAAUCAAUAACCACAUUUAUCACUUCCAUUACUUGAAAUGGCCAGAUUUCGGAAUCCCACAGUCGUUCAAAUCCAUUUUGGAAAUGAUCCAAUACAAGAAUCAACUAGUUAAAGAGAGGCAUUUGAAUAACAACUUGUUGGUCCAUUGUACUGCUGGUUGUGGAAGAACUGGGGUGUAUAUAACAAUCGAUUCAUUGAUUCAAGCUUGGAAAAACCUGAAACAAAGAGUCAUGGAUCUGGAUAUUGAUUUGGUUUAUAAAUUGGUUCAACAUCAACGGAGACAACGGGUGGGGAUGGUGCAAAAUUUAGAUCAAUUUAUCAUAAUUUAUGAGAUCUUUAUUGAAUAUUUAAUUCAUAAUAAGUAA